UAGAAUGUGGAGAUCAACUGGAGGUGAAGAUUAAGACUGGACUAGUCUGCUGUACUAUACAUCUCUGGAUCUGUUUAGUUGACUCAGUGAGAACAAUGUUGCAACCAAGAAAUACUCCUAAGACUGUGCGUCUGUCUGACUCCAUCAAUGAUGAAGAGAUAAAGUAUGUGAAGGAGAGGAAGACUCUGAUUAAGAAGUGGCUGAAAGCUCAGGGUUUCAACUGUGAACUGGAGGAUGUUCCUAACAUAGCGUUGCUGGGGUCAGGUGGAGGAGAGAGGGCAGCAGUGGGCAUGCUGGGAUCUCUGCAUCAGCUGGAACAGGACAACCUGCUGGGCAGCCUCCUCUAUAUGUGUGGGGUGUCUGGCACCACCUGGUGCAUGUCAUCCCUGUACAGCGAUCCAGCCUCGUCAUUAAGUAAGCGUUGUGAUGAAAUGAUAAAGAAGCUGAGGGGUCCUAAAGUGAACUUGAGCAAAGCUGUUGAGUGGCUGAAAUUGAGGAAAGAAGAAAACCAGGACUUCAACCUCACUGACUUCUGGGGCGCCUUCACUGCCUCCUAUUUCAUGAAAGAGAUGCACACCCGCUGUCUCUCUGAAGAUGCUAACAUCAUCAACCCCUACCCCAUCUACAGCGCCAUAGAACUAGACUGCCGCAAACAGGAUGACACUAAAGGGGUGUGGUUUGAGAUGACCCCCUACGAGAGUGGCUUCUCCGGAUUGGGCGCUUUCAUCCCCACUUCCUGUCUUGGGAGCAAGUUUGAAGGUGGAGCUCUGAGAGAGAAGAGGAAGGAAAUGGACAUGGUUCUGCUGCAAGGUAUCUGUGGGAGUGCCUUUGCAGACAAGCAGAUAAACAAUGAUGAGGUAGUAAAAAGGAUCUGGAGCUUGUUUGGAGAUCGCCCAGUAGUGCCAUCUGCAGGGUUUGGUCCAGGGUACGAGAGCAGUAAGGUGGUGGAAGAGAAGGUGUGUGAGUGUAUGCCCUCCCGAGUGGUGAAGUGUGUGUCUGAGCUAAUCAAGUACGCUGAUGACCCAGAUCCACUGAAGACAAAGGAAGUCAUCACCACACUGGGACAGCUACUGAAGGGUCUUGUGAGCAGUAAGGGCGAGAUGCUGUGGAACAUGGACCCUGAGAACUGGAAGAGAACCAGCCUGGUGGAGAGAAAGAAGUUCAUAGAGACAGUCAGUCUGGAGCUCAUCCUCUCCUCAGACAGCUGGGCAAAAGACUGGAAGGACAAACGCUACACCUGCAACGAUGAAGCGAUAUCCAGGGAGUCGAUGAGAACAUCGAAAAAGCCAGACAAAGUGCCAAUAACAAACUUCUGGCUCUCCGAUGGGUUGUGGAUUGUGCAGAACAUUUUCCCUCUGGUCCAAAAAUGGGAAUGGGGAACCACGUCCAACUUCCUCUUCAAGAUCGACGAUACUAAUGUUCCGAGCAGCAUGGCAUCCAAAGAGAAGAUUCAUCUGGUAGACGCUGGGUUAAAGUUGAACUCUCCCUACCCCCCCGUCCUGCGCACAUCGAGGAAGGUCGACCUCAUCAUCUCCUUAGACUUCAGCGAAGGAGACCCCUUUGAGACGGUGUUUAAUGCCAAAAAGUACGCGCUUCAGCAGAAGCUUCCCUUUCCCCCAGUGAAGGAGAGUGUGAGGGAGGAGAAAGACCAUCCGCAGGGCUGCUACGUUUUUGAGGGGCGAUGCCCUGAAGAGCCCACCGUCAUGCACAUGCCCCUGUUCAACCUGCAGAACUGCCAAGACGAGGAGGGGAUUAAGAAGGAGAGGGAGAAGUACACAACGUUACGGCAGCCCUACGGUGCGCCUGAGAACGAACGCCUCCUGAAGAAGGCCAAGGACAACUUGAAGAACAACAAAUACAGGAUCCUGGUACAGAUCAUUAUGGCUGCCCAACGCAGAAAGAAGCGCAAGUCAGUGGCUCAAUAGUCUGUAUCUGUGGUGUAAAGUACUACAGUAUUUUUUUUUGUAUCUUUACUUUAUUUAUAUUUGACAACUUUUACUUUACUGCAUUUCUAAAGAAAAGUAUAUAUAUUUUUACCCCAUACACUUACCCUGACACCCAAAGGUUGCCUACUUGUUACAUUUUGAAUGCUUAGCAGGACAGAAAAUGUAUAAUUCAAGCACUUAUCAAGAGAACACCCCAACCUGUUAGUCCCUGCUGCUUCUGAUCUGGUUGACUGAUUAGAAGCACCUGCUGCUCAUCUGUGUUCCCAACAAAUGCUGUCUUGAUUUAAAAAGAUUUGUAUCUACACACUGGAGAAAGCAUACACAGACCUUUCAGUUAUCUCUAAUGCAUUAAAAAAAACUUGAUUUUCUUUUUGAGUGCAGGCACAUCACACCCUCUGAAUUCGCAGUUUUUACGCACGAAAAGCUAGAUUGUCCCCGUGAUUAGGACUCAAUAAACACAAAUGCUUCUUUACAUGUCUGAGUGUUGGAGUGUGCCCCUGGCUGUCUGGAUUGCUAAUAUAAGUCAUGUGAAGUGAUUUAUACUUAAGUAUAUUUAAAACCAAAUACUUUUACUCAAGUAGUAUUUUACCGGGUGAUUUUUAAACUUAGGUCAUUGUUGAAUUUAUUAUGGAUUUAUUAUGGAUAAAUGAAUAAACAAUAUUCCCAUUUUAAAUAGAAUUGUAUCUAGGUAAACUUAUACUCUGUAUGUUUAAAUAGAAAAUAUGAGUUCAUAAGAAGAAAUUGUGUGACAGGAGAAAGGAGUAAUAAAAUGUUAAAGAACACCAUUCCAACUGAGCAGGAACAAAUGGGUUGUGGACUGUGUAAACACAUAAGGUCGUUAGCCUAUGGUUGACCCAACCUGAAACUUAGCUCUGGGGUUUUUAGAUAAGGCAGUGAGUGCAUUCCUAGGGUUUCUGUUAAUUAAAACUGUCAGUUCAGUGGUGAUCGAUAAUGUUGAGGGGUCAAAAGUUAUCUGGGAGUGUGUUAGUAAGUUAGAAUUAACUUUUCACCUUACUUUGUCCUGUCGAGAGGAGGGGGUUCGGUUAAGGCAGUGAAAUGACGUCAUGAUCUGUGUUUGAGUGGUAGCGCGCUCCGAGAAUAAAUUCUAUUACCUAUUAUUUAAAGACUGGUCUGCGUCUAUUUUAUGCAAACAAGAAAUCUUACAAAUUCUCAUAAAAUAGAUGAAGGGCUUUC